AUGUCCGCUGACGAGAACGAUUCCAAAACUACUACAUCAUCGACCAAUGAUGGGACUUCAGUUCCUGAAAAGUCCACACAGUCUCAGUCGGAGGUCCCAUUAGCGGAUUCAACAAAGAAGCCUGAGGAAACAACAGUCAAAGCAUCAGAACAAUCCACUGAUGCCGAUAAACCUACUGAAGAUAAGGCUACUGAAGAUACGAUUGCAGACAAGUCUGAAGACAAGCCCGAGGAAAAGUCUGAGGACAAGUCUGAGGACAAGUCUGAGGACAAACCUGAGGACAAGUCUGAAGAUAAACUCGAAGAAAAGUCUGAUGAUAAAGUUGAAGACGAGGUUGAAGAGAACUCUAAAGAAAGUCUUAAAGAGAAGUCUAAGAAUGAGGAUGAUGAAAAUUCAGAUGAUAAGGCGGAGGUGACUGCCGCCAAUGUAAACGAUAAGACUGAAGAAAAGACUAACGAUUCCAUUGAAGAAUCGACUGAAGAAUCAGCUGAAGAAAAGACUGAUAAACAGUCCGAUGACAAAAUCGAAGACAAAACCGAAGACUCGGCUGAAGAUGAGGCUAAUGAUAAGGUCAAUGGAACGACCGAAGAAAAGACUAAUAACAAUACUGAGGAGGACCUAGCCGACAAAACUGAGGAUAAUGAUACCGACAAAACUGAGGAUAAUGAUACCGACAAAACUGAGGAUAAUGAUACCGACAAACCCAAAGAAUCGGAAGCUUUGGAAUCGACUCAAAAUUCUUCAAAGUCUACUGAUGGUGAUGGUGAUGGUGAUGUUGAAAUGACUGAUAAAUCUGAGGAGCCUAAGGAACACACGGAAGAGCCAGCUGAAAAUGUUGAGGUUGAGGAAACUAAUCUUGAGCCCAUUUCCAAGCGUGUUGUUAAGGCUCAAGACACCAAGGCCGAGAUUGAGGAUAAAGCUCGCAAAUAUCUUGCGAAACAAACGUACCGCGUCAUUAUUCCUUCAUUUGCCGCCUGGUUUGAUCGCUCGAAAACACAUGAAAUUGAGAAGCGGUCUCUGCCCGAAUUUUUUAACGACAAGCACCGUACAAAGACACCUGAGAUAUACCUUGAAUACCGCAACUUUAUGAUUGAUGCUUACAGACUCAAUCCUAUUGAGUACCUGACGUUCACUGCUUGUCGCCGUAAUUUAGCUGGUGAUGUUGCUGCCAUUAUGCGAGUAUUCACAUUUUUGGAGCAAUGGGGUUUGAUUAACUACCAGAUUGAUCCUGAGACAAGACCAUCGACAAUUGGCCCACAAUUUACAGGUCACUUUCAAAUUUUACUUGACGCACCACAGGGUCUUGUUCCAUUUAUUCCAACGAAGGAAAACAUUGAGACAUCCGGUAAGGAACCUGAAAGCCCCAUAAAGGUAUACGAAGAUCCCACUUCGGUCACAACAUCGACAUCCACGUCACCAGCAGAAACAGCAGUGGGAGAAAUAAUAUCCCCGCCUUCUUCAUCAUCUUCUUCCACCGCUCUUAUUAAGACAAACGGAUCUACACAAUCGUCUGUACAAAUUAAAAAGGAAGAUAAUGAUGAGACGAAUUCAUUGCACUUGUCUUCAAAUCUGAAUAUUCGACGUAACUUGUACGACUCCACGGCUGACGCGAUUGCGCUACAUGAUGAAUCUCAACGCCAGCUGAGUGCACUCAACACUCGUACAUACAAUUGUUAUACAUGUGGUGACGACACUACCAAAAUACGAUAUCACAAUUUACGAUCAAAGCAGACGCUGAGCCCUCUGUGUUUUAAGAAUGGGUUUUUCCCUUCGAACUUUAGCAGCGCUGAUUUCAUUAAGAUCAUCAAGGCACAGUCAUCGGCAACAGAGUGGACGGAUCAGGAAGUGUUGCUGUUGAUGGAAGGUGUGGAGAUGUUUGAAGACGAUUGGGAGGCUAUUGCUUAUCAUGUGGGUACUCGAGACAAGGAAAGUUGUAUUGUCAAGUUUAUUCAGCUACCGAUAGAGGAUCCAUAUUUGGUUCAAGGCUAUAAAGAUACACUGAAGAGAAAACGCGAUGGAAAUGAUGAAGGCCUUAAGGGUGGGAACAAGAAGCGAGAAGGAUCAGAACUGUAUAAAGCCUUGAAGGAAUUUGUGAAGGAGGCCAAGCUACCUGAUACAAAUGGGGAGACAAAGGAGCUGACACAAAAGAUUGCUGAACGGGCAGCUCUUCUUGUUGAGGGGGAAAAGGCGCAUCAAUCUGCCAAUCUUUCGCUUGUUGUUGAUGCACAGCUUCAGAAGCUUGAGGAUAAGCUUGCACAGUUUGCUCACCUUGAAAAGGUUCUUGCGCUUGAGCGACAAGAAAUUGAGGCUGAACGACAACAGAUGGUUCUUGAUCGGCUUGCGUUGAAGCGCCAGUCAGAGCUUGUGCUUGGACGGCUGCAGGCAGCGGUUGCGGCUGAGACACCGCAGGAGGCUGCUGAGCUUGCAGCGAGUGCAACGCGACUUGCGGAACAGCCUCUGCGCCGGCUGGCACCUGCGAAUGCGAGUGAUGUUGGUAGUGGGGCUGGACCUUAUGUUGGAGAUGGUGGGGAUGUACUUAAAGCUAAUAUGAAGCCUAUUAGUCUUGAUGGCCCGACUACAUUUAAGUUUUGGCAGAUUUAA